GGUGCGGUGAGGGGCGGAGAGAUCCGUGCGGGUGGGGGCGCGGUGAGGCGGCCCUGUGAGGGAGGCGGCGGCGGCGGCGCGGGGCGAGGGGACGCGCUGUGCUGGGCCGGGCCCCGCAGGACACCUCCCCUCGGCAAGCAGAGCUGUGUCUGAUGGCAAGGGCUGCCCAGAUUGCUGAGGAGGCGUGCUGACCUCCCCAGCGCUCCCGGACUUCUGAGGGAAAGCAGCGAGGGACUCACCCUGCACGCUGCAGCCUGGUUCUGAACGUUUGCUCACUGCUGCAGUUACUGGAGCUGUGGCAGAGUGGCCAGCCUGCUGGGAGAGCUGUGUGCUUGCUGGGGGAGAACGAGGAGGUAUGGAGAACUUGGUGGCUGGCUCCACCCUUCCUCCUCUUUUUGCAGAUGAAGAUGGAUCUAAGGAAGGUAGUGAUAUUACUGUGACUGGAUUAGCUCAUUCGGAGAGUUCAUUCACUGGUGGAACUUCGCAGCCUGUGAAUAACCCAGAUUUGGUGGAGGAUUUGUCACAGGUUCAGCAGCUGCAAAAUGAGUCCACUAACACUGCUGAAAACACUGAGCAGAAGCCUGAGGAGGAGCAGCAAAGAACUAAACGAGGAGGCUGGGCCAAAGGGAGAAAGAGGAAGAAACCUCUUAGGGACAGCAAUGCCCCCAAGUCCCCCCUCACAGGGUACGUGCGAUUCAUGAAUGAGCGUAGGGAGCAGCUUCGAGCGAAGAGGCCCGAAGUCCCGUUCCCAGAGAUCACCAGGAUGCUGGGCAAUGAGUGGAGCAAACUUCCUCCCGAGGAGAAACGGCGAUACCUUGAUGAAGCAGAUAGAGAUAAGGAGCGUUAUAUGCGGGAACUGGAGCAGUAUCAGAAGACUGAAGCCUACAAAGUCUUCAGCAGGAAAGCACAGGACAGACAAAAAGGCAAAUCACACCGACAAGAUGGAGCAAGACAGCCAGUACAUGAUCAUGAGAAAGAAGCAGACACGAAAGAGAGAUCAGUCUUCGAUAUCCCAAUAUUCACAGAAGAAUUUCUGAAUCAUAGUAAAGCACGCGAAGCCGAGCUGCGACAGCUGCGUAAAUCCAACAUGGAGUUCGAGGAGAGGAAUGCUGCUCUGCAGAAACAUGUGGAGAGUAUGCGUACGGCAGUGGAGAAACUGGAGGUGGAUGUCAUACAAGAGCGUAGCCGCAACACAGUGCUGCAGCAGCAUUUAGAGACCUUGCGGCAAGCGCUGACGACCAGCUUUGCCGGAGUCCCGCUACCAGGUAGCGGGGAAACACCCACGAUGGAAACUAUUGAUUCCUACAUGAAUAGGCUGCACGGGAUUAUUAUGGCCAACCCCCAGGAGAACGAGAACCUCAUAGCCACGGUCCGGGAUGUGGUAAACAGACUCGAACGCUAGUGACCAGGUCUCGUGACCCGGGGAUACUUUACAAAAUUUCUUUGGCCAGUGUGGAAUACGAAGCCAUGAGGGAAAGACUAGGGGUGGUGGAAGGCAGAUGUGCAGGUUUGUCCUGGUCCCUGCCUUUGUGGUUUGUCAGUGGGACAAACAGAUCAAUGCAUUAAAAGGUCUUAAGAAGCCACGGAUAUCACCCGCUAAACAUUUUGGAACCCUUAAGUGCAUGCAACUUCUGUGCAAUCUUCAGUUUCUUAUUAAUUCUGCUAGAUGUGAGGGUGCAGAUGUUCUGUGGACUUGCUGACUACGGAGAUGAAACCUCUGUGAAGUGAAGUCAGCCUGUGUGUCGUAGUAAUACCUUGUGUUAUACUGCUUAACGUCUUCUAGUGUCUUUCAGUUUGUUCUCAUGUUUAUCUUGUGAAAUGGCCUUCCUCCAUUUUAGUUUUCUUUUGAUCUUUUUAUGAUACUUUCAGUACUGGAUAGCAGCGCUUGUGUUCUUCACUAUAAUGGGCAGUCUUCCUUGGUGCGCUGUCUUGUUCUCCCCUGCCUGUGGUGUUUACAUAAGCUAAUCUUCAGCAGAACUGCUUUCUGUGUCAGCCAGCAACUUCAACAAUAUGAAUUUGCUUGAGACUGGCUGCAAUUGGUACUUUGUGACUUGAUUCUACCAGGAGAUGGACUUCUUUCCUUCUCUCCAAGCACCUCCCUUGCACACAGCAACCUGCCCUUCUGCGCAGACCUGCUGUUGUGUGUUUUACUACCACAUAGAUCAGCGAUAGUCAAGGUAGAAAGUGAAGCGUUAGCUUUUUGCAGUUGGCUGGGAAAAUAGAAAUCUCCAUUUUAGACCACCACAAAGCACAGUUUGCCUUUCCUCUGAUACGUUGCUCGCUCUGAUUUAGCUGUCUGCUUACUUUUAGAGAGAAUGAUCUCACGGUGAGAGUAGUAUUCUAUAUUAAGAGAAAUGAGCAGGGGAAUUGCAUUUUCUCUGCCCUUCUGAAAUCGGUGCUGGAAAGCGGUGUGCCUGGAAGCAGCACGUGUAUUUUUGCAUAAAUUAUUGUAGCAGAGAAGGUUAUUGGCAGCUAGGCCCACAUAGCAGCCCAUGGUAUUCUACAUUACAGCAUAUAAGUGCUUUUUGACUUUUGUACAGGUUAAGUGCAGUCUGUGAAGCCUAUAUUAUUCAGCAUGUUAUGUUCCUGUGUGACCUAAAUGACCUUUUACUUGCAUAAAGUAGAACUUAGCACACUGGAGACUAAUUUUUCUGAACUGCGACUGCACUUCUUGUCCAAGAUGGCACCUACUGUCUGCACUAACUUAUGUAAAUCAUUUGCUGGCCUUUGAUUCCUGUCAUAUUUUUAAUUCAGACUGUGGUUAAGCACCUGUUGGACAUCUGUGAGCUUAAUGGUAAUGAUGGAAAUGCGCUUUCUUCCACGUGACGAUCUCCUUGCUCCUCCUUCAGAAAUCUUUCAGGUUUUCCCUGUUGUGAAUUGGAGAUUGCUUUUAUUACUUGAGUGCGUUGCAGUCGGGAUCUCUUUCGUGUAUCUGUAAUGCAAGUAUUUGAAGAUUAAACACCAGUUUCUUUUUUCCCACGCUACGUACACAGACUUCAUGCUUGCCUGAAGCCAUCUCCAGGUCAUCACCUUGUAUGUCAGGUCUCUGCUUUCUCAUGGACUGACUGCUGCAGCCAAGCAGCAAGGAUUUUCAUGUAUUUUCAAGUCUUCCUUUAGGGAGGAAACUCCUUUCUGUCGUCUUCGGGCUCAUUAUCAAGACUUCACAAGAAAGAACCUUAAUUUGCUGAAUUGACCUCCAUUAUUUUCUGUAACGUGGAUGAGUCCAACUGAUGUUGAUGUGAACUUUUUUAGUGGAUUCUAUGGCAAAUGUUGUGUUGGGAAGAAAUCCUAUGGAUUGAUGUCUUCAGAAGACGCACUCAUACCUUCCUCUCCUGUGCAUGUCUGGAUUUGUAGCAUUAGUGGUGUUUUGCUUGGAUUUCAUUGUGGCCAAAACGGACUGCAUAGCCAAAAGUUGAUUCAUGAAAUUCUAAAGUUGUCUGUGACAUCUGACCUAAUAUAUCCCACAAAGAUUCCAGAAAUUGUUACGUAGUGUGAUAGUAGGAUGCAAUUCCAGCCUGUGAUGUACGCAUUCCGUAAAUAAGGUAUGGGUGGCUGCAGGCUGCCCCUGCUUACAUAAAUUCAAUACAGCCAUCAGCUUGUGGCAUACUGCUAAUUCCUCAUUCUGUUGAGUAGCAUGUAAGCGGUCCAGGAUGGGAGACUGAAGACGAUAUUAUGAACUGGAGGUUGACAAACCUUUUGAUUUUCCCACGAGGAAGGAGGGGCAGCAUUAUACCCAUCUGUGGAAAAAGCAAUUUCUUGCUUACCACUGAUACACCAAUUAAUGUUUUGUCUCAUUAAGAUGCUUCUUAUUUACACUGAUCCACCCUAUAAAAUGGAUUUUGUCUUUCCAGUGUCUUUGAGUGUCACUUCAGUUUACAUUUUUCAGUGUUUGCUGAUGUGGAAAACAAAUGAAAAUAUUGGUGUCAAGGAGAGGAGCAGGACAAAAUGUUUUCAUCGCUUAAAGAAGUGUUAAGAGAAAUACAUGAAAACAGAAUUAAAUUACUUGGAUUAAUGUGUUUGGAAUUGUUGAGAUGCCAAUUUUUCUGUAAAACGCUUUUGUAAUUAAACUUUUGGAGUCCUGUUGUUUUUAAGGAGUUGAUGUGCUAGUUUGACACUUGCUUCAUUAAAAUCCAUUCUGAUUCAAUUUUAA